UUUGCCAUUCUAAAACAGAAGGAACGUAUUCUCAAUGGAGACGAGAUAACCCAGUCCAUUACAGAAGUGUCUUUUAUUGUGUAUAUAUGUAUAGAAGUGGCAGCCCUUGCUGUUGUUUGUGUCCUGCUGUACAGAUUCCAUAUUGUCCAUGUAGUUAUUUACCUGUUAAUUACGUCCAUCACAGCCUCCUUCACAGUGAUCUCUGCCAAAGCGGUCUCCAGUAUGUUGCAUCUGUCUUUGAACGGUUUCUCGCAGUUCCACAAUGCCAUCUUCUACAUCAUGCUGCUUCUUAUGAUCAUCACCAUCAUCCUACAGAUCAAGUAUUUAAACCUUGCAAUGAAGCAUUUCAAUGCCACCGUUGUUGUGCCAACCAAUUUUGUAUUCUUCACAAUAAGCGCCAUAUUAGCUGGUACAAUAUUCUAUAAAGAAUUUUUUGGUAUGAACACUUUGGAUAUCUGUAUGUUCCUGUUUGGAUGUCUUCUCUCGUUCAUUGGGGUCUACUUCGUUACUGGAAACAGAUUAACACCAAACUCUGAUGAUGCACAACCUUUGUCCGACGCAGAAGAGAAACCUGUCAAUACCGAUGUGCCACCCUGGUUGAGCAGUAAUAUGCAAGAGUCUCCAGUCCAGCCCAAGGGUGGAAGCAAUCACCAUUUAUCCGAUGCGGACCGCAACUCCGGCCAUGAGAUGUCUACCUCGUCGACGUCCGACUCCUUCAAUUCCCAGGACACCCUUUUCGAGAAACACACAAAAACAGCCGCGCCGCACUAUGGCACCAAUUAUUGAUCUGCAAAUGGCAGGACGGAUGGGUUUGGGGGGUGGGAGUGGGGAUGGGUAAAUGGCAGCAGGGUGAGGUCCUUGAUUACGACCCCUGUCCACUGUUCUGGUGGGGGGGCUUCAGGUUUUUUUACAUAGUUCAUCUGUGACUAAUAGAUCUUGUUUCUUUCUUUCUCUCGGCCGUCCUAUUUCUUUCUUUCUCUCUCUCAUUCACUGCAUACACACACACACACACACACUUUUAAAUACAUUUUUCUUACUUCACACACACACAC